UAAUAUCACCAUGAAUGCAGUUGCAUGGAUGGACAUUGCCUUAAAAAAAGCUGAGGCUUCAUUAAAAGUUGGUGAAGUUCCGGUUGGAUGUUUAUUUAUAUAUAAUAAUGAAAUUAUUGCAGAAAGUAAUAAUACUGUUAAUGAAACUUGUAACGCAACGAGACAUGCUGAAAUGAAUUGCAUUGAUCAAGUUUUAGUAUUCUGUAAAGAAAAAUGCUUAGAUUAUAAGGAAGUUUUUUCUAACAUUGAUGUUGUUGUUACUGUAGAACCAUGUAUAAUGUGUACAUCUGCAUUAUAUCAAUUACGAGUACGCAGUAUUAUUUAUGGCUGUAGAAAUGAUAGAUUUGGAGGAUGUAUAAGUGUUUUUAAAGUAUCCAACGUUUAUGAUACCAAAAUAACAAUACUAGGAAAUAUAAAAAGUGAAGAAGCAAUAAAUUUACUUAAAAAUUUUUAUGAAGGUACAAAUCCAAACGCACCAGAGUCUAAAGCUAAAAAGAGUUAGAAAAUUAAAAAUGAAG